CAGUCUUCCCGAUUUCGCCUACCAUUCAUAAAACCUCUUUCUGCUCAAGAACUGAGAAGUGUGAAACUACAAAGGGAAAAUCCAAAUUCAGCAGCAAUUCCACAAACGAGAAAACAACAAGAACAAGAAUCGGAAAUUCACAUUCCCUCGUUCUUACCCUCAUCCUUUCUUUGUCUCGUUCCUGUCUUUGAUCUCAAGAAGAAGAAGAAGAAUAGUGGGGCGCAUUUGCUGGAAGAAAGAAUGGCGAGAGCUGGAGGGAUUUCAAAUGCGGUCAACGUAGGGAUCGCUGUCCAAGCCGAUUGGGAGAAUCGCGAGUUUAUCUCUCACAUCUCCCUCAACAUCCGUCGCCUCUUCGAUUUCCUCCUCCAAUUCGAGGCUACGACUAAAACAAAAAUGGCGUCUCUGAACGAGAAGCUCGAUACUCUGGAGCGUCGACUGGAGCUGCGCCCAACCGAAAAACCGCCCCACGUCGCCCUUUGCGGUAAUUCGGUAAACCAGUUUGUAACCGUUUACCGGUAUUUCGGUAAUCGGUAA